AGCUCAGCGUCCCCCGCGCACAGAACGAGGGGGACACCCAGGCGCGCGCUCCCGCUCCCUCCCCGGCCGGAACGCCGCGCGCGCCGCCGCCGCGCCAGCCCCGCGCGGGAGGCGCGCCCCCGCUGCCCGGCAGUUUGCAGGCCCCGCUGGCAAAGCGGCGACAUGGCGCUCGUGCCCUGCCAGGUGCUGAGAGUCGCCAUCCUCCUCUCCUACUUCUCCAUCCUGUGCGCUUACAACGCCAUUGACAUGCCCGCGCAUCAGACCUAUGGCGGGAGCUGGAAAUUUCUGACAUUCAUAGACCUGGUUAUCCAGGCUGUCUUUUUUGGGAUCUGUGUAUUGACUGAUCUCUCCAGUCUUCUCACCAAAGGAAGUGACAGCCAAGAACAAGAAAGACAGUUAAAAAAGCUCAUUUCCCUCCGUGACUGGAUGAUGGCUGUUUUAGCCUUUCCCGUUGGAGUUUUUGUUGUGACAAUGUUUUGGAGCCUCUAUAUUUAUGACAGAGAAGUUGUUUACCCAAAACUUCUUGAUAAUUUUAUACCAUCUUGGCUGAAUCAUGGAAUGAGCUAGCAGCCCAGCUAGCAUGAGGGAGCAAGGAUACAGCCUGACUAGAGGAGGGAGAAGAAUUGAAUGCUGCUGGUGCAAAAUCUGUUUCAAGUCCAUCCCCUCCAACAGCACAAAGGCUCCCUGCAAGACUCCUUUCUGCAGGGAAGGAAGUAAAUGUACAGCAUAGCACAACUGUCUGGGAGCAUUAUUGUGUUCUUUUAUUGUCACACUGCUCCCAAGUCUGAAAAAGCAUGAUGUAGCUAUUAAAGGACAGGACUGAGCUCCAGGAGGCCUGGGAUCUAUUCUUGACUCUGCCACUGAAUUACUGGGUGAUCUUGGAAAAGUGUUAUUGGGCUUGAACCUGCUAGGUGCUGAGCACCCUGAACUCCCAUUGAAGUCAGUGGGAAUUGAGAAUGCUCAGCAUUUUGAAGGAUCAAACCCUUAAACAUUUUUUGCCUUAGCUUGCCUGCCUGUGAAAUGGAGAUAAUAAUACUGUCAUACCUACAUAACAGGGGUGCUAUGAGUCUUAAUUAAUGUCUGUAACACCCUCAGAUGAAACCUAAUAUAAAAGUCAAAAGAAUUGCUGUUUUUGUAAUGUGUCAAAUAUUGGUCACUGAUCGUGGUAGGAUAUCAGAACUGAUGAACUAAUGGUGUGAUCCAGUCUCCUAUAGGGUAUACAUGAACUAUGUUUAAAAUGAUCAAAUUAUCCAUGGAUUUUAUACUAAGGUUAGCAUUGCCAAUAUCUCAUAAAAUGCUUCAGAUUGACCUGGUCCAGGGGCACUAUGUCAGCAAGCUAGACUGAGUGCAGAAUGGGAGGAGUUCUUUGAGUGAUUGCUCAUAUCGAUUCCAGUUAGGUGUGUGCGCACUGUGUGCACUGUCGUCAGAAAGCUUUUCCCCUAGCAGCAUCCGUCAGGUCGGCUGUGGAGCUCCCUGGAGUGGCACCUUCAUGGCGCUCAAUAUAUGACCCUGCCAACCUGGUGCCUCCUCAGUUCCUUCUUACCACCAGUGACGAUUGUUGGAACCACGGUGACUUGCUUAGCAAGCUCUCCUCGUUUUCCCUAGUUUUCAGUUUAGUUUUGUUUACAGUUAUUCCUAGCCUCGUUACGUUUAGUUUUAUUAAUUUCGGUUGUUAUAGCAGAUAGCUGUUGGGAGUGGGGGGGUCUUCCCCUUCACCCUGACUGUGUUCCCUGUUGAGACUCGGGGUCUGUCUAAAUCCCAAGGGUUCGAACCCUGCAAGUCCUGCAGCAAGCCCAUGCCAAUGGGCGACCCCCACGACCCUUGCUUUAAGCGUCUGGGGGAAACACAACAAGUGGACAAGCGGAGCAUUUGUAAAGGGUUUUGCCCCAGAACAAAAAAGGAGCGAGACUUUCACUUGAAGCAGUUCCUUAUGGAGGCAGCACUUAGACUGCAACCUACAUCAGCACAGCAAGACCCGGCAUCGAGCUCAUCGGUGCGCAGCACCCCAGCGGCAGUGGUAGAAGUGGCAACGCGGAAGGACUCAGGGAGAGACCCGCAGUGACACCAAAACUGGCAGGAUCAACCUGGCACCAGUCCCAUUCCCUAACGCAGAAGUGGCGGAAGUAGAGAAGGAGUGGAUCUCCGACUCCGAGACCCACCCCUUUGGAGCCGGCCGAUGGGGCGCAUCCCAGAGAGGAGCACCAAGGGCUAAAGACUUUGGAGCCAGCACCGUCGACUUUGGCCCUGCAAGGGGGACCGUUGAGUCCGGUGCCGUUGGACUUCCUGAACCACGUCAUUGAGGAGGGGGAAUUGCCAUCCACCCUGAACACCUUUGAGACCAUGAGAGACCUCAUUGCCAUGACAGCACCGCAGCCCCCGUCCUUCAAGCCAAGCCUCCGGUACCACAACGUGUGGCAACGUCUUGAGACAAACUGAUGAUGCUUCAUCCUUCAGCACUGCCGGUGGAGUCCCGGCCCCGCUCACACUUGCGGCACCGAUUAGACUCACGACACAGCUCCAGGUCACGAUACCAAUCAUCACACCGAUCCCCAUUGUGCAGCAGGUCCCGCCCCUGGCACCGAUUAUCCUGGCACCAGUCAGCGUUCCUGCACAGGCCCCAAUCUCAGCACCGCUCCCCAGUCUAGUUCUGUGCGGCACUGCCCUGGCCAUCGCGGUCCUGCUCCCUGUCUUCAGACUCAGAGACGGAGUAUAGAUACUCAGAGCGGGGCUGGCACCAGUCAGGCUGUGGAAUGCCUAAGCUGGGGGAAGGACCAUGGCCUGCGCAGUGGCAGAGACCAGCGCAGUGGCCAUUUUGGACCCCAUGGGCGUACCACCAGGCCCAGGGUGCCCAAUCCAAAGGUUCCCGUUUGGCAGCAUCUGAACCACAGGUACCAGAGGCAUCAGCUAGUUGCCCCACCCCUAGGGGUGCCAAGGAGGUACCGGUCGCACUACCUCCCCUGGAACCAACCCCAGCUCCUGAGCCUGAUCCAGGUGUGGAUGGCCCCGACAGAGAGGUGGGACAGGAGGCCCCUGGAGACCAAGAGUGUCAGGAGGAUGCUGUUCCCCCAUUAGCCUCAUAAUCAUCCUCCCUGGAUGAGGCAGUUGCAGGCACCUCCACCUCUGGACCACCCUCCAUAGACAGCUGUGCCCACCAGGACCUCCUUUGCAGGGUGACGUGAAAUAUGGGCUUGCAGGCCAAGGAGGUGAUAGAAUCAGAGGACCCUAUGGUCAACAUCCUGGCCCUGGAAGGCCCAUCAUGGGUGGCUCUAUCCCUCAUCAAGACUACACAUGUCAAUGCUAAAACCAUUUGGCAGACCCCAGCCUUCAUCCCUCUCAUCACGAAGGGUGUGGAAAGGAAGUAUUUUGUACCAUCUAAGGGGUACGAAUACUUCUUCACACACCCGCAGCCUUGCUCAUUGGUGGUGGCUGCAGUAAAUGAAAAGAAGAGGCAGGGAUAACAAGCCCCAGUGCCUAAGUCCAAGGUCGCCUAGAUUUAUUUGGGCACAAAGUGUAUUCCACGGCGGGGGUUACAACUCAGGAUCGCCAACCAGCAGGCAAUUCUGAGUAGAUACAGCUUCAACUCCUGGAACUCGAUGCUCAAGUUUAAGGAGCUAGUGCCAGCUGAGUCCAGCAAGGAGUUUGGAGUGAUAGUGGAGGAGGGCAAGAUGGUGGCAUGGAUGUCUUUACAGGCCUCACUGGGUGCUGUGGACUCAGCGUCACGCACCUUGUCCUCCAGUAUCGCCAUGAUCGCCAAGGUUCAACAGACCAUGCAGGACCUGCAUUUUGAUGGAGCAGGUCUGUUUGCAGAGCAGACUGACUCUCGACUGCAUAGGCUAAAAGACUCAAGGGCUACCAUGAAAUCCUUGGGUAUGCACACCCCAGCAACCCAACGUAAACAUGUCAAGCCUCAGCAGCAGUGUUCCUAUUCUUCUUGGCCACGGCAGGACUUUUAUAGGAGAAGGGGCAGGAAUGGCAGACGCAAGCCUUCCACCCCCUGACCCCGUCAGGUUCAAAGCAGGCCUUUUGAAGGUUCACCUGAGGAUGGCAAACCAGCCACAAUUCCAGAUUCUUGAAUCAUCUGUCCCACUUCUACCGUGCUUGGUCCCAAAUAACUUCAGACCGCUGGGUUCUCCAUAUGGCAGAAGUGGGAUAGUCUCUCCAAUUCUGCUCCUACCCUCCCUCUCACCCCCCUUCCCUAUUCCUCUUCAGGGGCCCUUCUCACAAGCAACUCCUUAUCCAGAAGGUGUGGGUGCUCCAUCUUCCAGAGGUGGGGGUUUCCCCAGGUUGAUCUGUUCGCCACCCAGAGCAACAGAAAGUUCCCAAUGCUCUGCUCCUUCCAGAGACACAGCCCAGGCUCAAACACAGACGCAUUCCUGCUACCCCGGGGAAGCUGCCUGCUCUACCCCGUUCCCCCGUUACCUCUUGUGCACAAGGUCCUGCUCAAGGUCUGCAGGGAUGGGGCAGAGAGAAUUCUGGUGGCACCAGCGUGGCCUCAACAACAUUGAUACACCACACUCCUGGAGCUGUCAGUGGUUGCCCUGAUCACUUUGCCUCCCCUCCCCGACCUGAUCACUCAGGACCACUGUCGCCUUCAUCACCCCAAUCUGCAGUUCCUCCACCUCACGGCAUGGUAGCUUCAUGGCUGAACCUCAUGGAGCUUCUGUGCUCAGAACAAGUAACAGAGGUCCUACUCAGCAGCAAGGAGCCCUCCACUAGAGCCACAUAUCUGGCAAAGUGGAAAAGAUUUACUUGUUGGUGUGACCAGCGUUGUACACCUCCUGUUCAGUCACCUGUAUCUCUCAUCUUAGAGUACCUUCUGCACCUGAAACAGCAGGGCCUGGCAGCAUCCUCCAAAAGGUACAUCUCACUGCUAUCUCGGCUUUCCACCCAGGAGCAUCUGGACGCUCUGUCUUUGCCAACCCUAUGGUUGGUUGGUUCCUCAAGGGUCUGGAACAGCUAUAUCCCCAGAUCAGACAGCCUGUCCCCGUGUGGGACCUUAACCUGGUCCUCUCCAAGUUAAUGGGGGCCCCAUUUGAACCGCUUGCAACUUGCUCCCUUCUCUAUCUGCCGUGGAAGGUAGCCUUUCUGGUCGCCAUUACAUCCGCAAGGAGGGUGUCUGAGUUAAAGGCCCUUACCUCAGACCCACCUUAUACAGUUUCCCACAGGGAUAAGCUGCAACUCAGACCUCACCCCGCCUUUCUUCCUAAGGUUGUGUCACACUUCCACACUAGUCAGGACAUUUUCCUGCCUGUUUUUUAUUGUAAGCCUCAUGCCAGUAGCCGUGAGCAGAGGCUGCAUUCUGGAUGUUUGGCGAGCACUAGCCUUCUACAUCGAGCACGCCAAGCCAUUCAGGAAGUUGAACCAGUUGUUCAUAGCGGUGGCAGACCAGAUGAAAGGACUGCCGGUCUCAUCUCAAAGAAUAGCCUCUUGGAUCACGUCAUGCAUCCACAUUUGCUACGAGCUGACCAAAAUACCUACCCUGGCUCUUAUAGAACACUCCACAAGGGCACAGGCCUCAUCAGUGGCAAUCCUGGCCCAGGUCCCGACACAAGAAAUCUGCAGGGCAGCAAUUUGGUCCUUGGUACAUAUGUUCACCUCUCAUUACGCCAUCAUCAGGCAUGCCAGAGAUGAUGCAGCUUCCAGCACAGCGGUGCUCCAAUCAGUGAUUCCAUUCCGACCCUACCAUCUAGGUAAGGCUUGGGAGUCACCUAUUUGGAAUCUAUAUGAACAAUCACUCGAAGAAGAAAAAACAGUUACUCACCUUCUCAUAACUGUUGUUCUUCAAGAUGUGUUGCUCAUAUCCAUUGCAAACCCACCCACCUUCACCUCUGUCAGAGUAACCGGCAAGAAGGAACUCAGGCGGCGCCGGGUUGGCUGGGUCAUAUAUUGAACACCAUGAAGGCGUCACUCUAGGGGGCUCCACACCUGACCCAAUGGGUGCUGCUAAUGGAAAAACUUUCAGAUGACUCUGCAUCCAGAAGAACAACAAUUACGAGAAGACAAGUAACCAUUUUUUCCUCCCUUAUCUGAGGUGGACUAAAAUGCAAAUUACAUCCUUAACUUCACUUCCUGAGGAAAAUAUUUAAUUUGUUUAGUAGGAUUCUUAGAGUUUUAUUUUAUCAUCUUGAACUUCACCAGUUUUUCAUAAACCCUGUAUGCAGAGUUACAAUCUGCUGAGUCAUAGCCAUACAUGUUUUUGUGGCUUCUUCAAAUACAGUAUGCAGUGUAGAAAAGUUUUAUGAACUAUUUAUGGGAAGGAUGAAAUAUGUAUCUCCAUAAAACUAGUUAGAAAAGGAACAGAACAUGGCAGAUAUUUUUAAGCCACUUGAUAAAAUUAAGAACUGGAAAAUGACAUAAUUUUCUGUAAGCCAUUUUCUUUUAUUUAAACAUAAUACUGAGAAUUUUCUUUAAUACAAAGAUUUAUUGAGAUUUCCAUUAGCAAACAUGGAUAAUUCAUGUUGGCUGAAAAUCUUUUUAAAAACAUGUAUUUACAAAUGUGUAUUUAUGUGUGUAUUCUUGAAUCAGGAAAUAAGGUUGAGAACAUUUCGGUAGAUGUAAGGCAGAGGAACUGCAGAUGAAGCAGAAGAGGAGAAAGGGAUGGAGGAAGAAAUGGGUGUGUCAGAAGUUAAGAGAAAAGGUGAUAAAGGUGCAAGCUGCAUACAGUACAAGACAGAAAGGAAUCAGUGAGGAGGAAACCAAAUAUUGAAAUAAAGAAGUGAUGAUGGUAGUCAGCUGGGAAGAGCCACAGAACAUGGAACUGAUAAUCGUAUGUCCUGUACGUUGCUGAGGAGAAAGCUCAAAAAGGAAGCGAGACUGUUUAAAGUACAGUGUAUAUUGAAAAAUUGCCCUCUACUUUAUUCCAGGCCAUCAUGUAUAAUUUGGUUUUAUUUGAUUUCCCAUGAAGUGUAUCAUGCAGGGUCAUCCUUUGCAGAGAGGUUUGGUUUUUUUUUCCCACCCUCCCUUUUAGCAAAGCUUAAAGAAGCAUAAAUAUGUUUUCCCUAUGGUCUAGCAGUCUUCAUUUUGUGUUACCUGCCUCCCUGAAUUCACAAUCACUAAUUUCCUCAGAGCUCUUGAGUCUUUUUAUUUGGUCUCUGCUCUCUGUCUGCCUAUAGUGUGCCCCAGAAAGCACAUGGUAGCAGCACUGUAGUGAAUGCAUCCCUGUAUUCAUACCUUACAUACGAUUGUAAUAAUCUUCAUACCAAAUAUGCCUUGUGAGGUAUCUUUUGAAAAUUAUAACUUUCUGGUCAAUAAUAUCAUGGUGAAAUGUAUGUAGCAAUAUAUGUAAAGUUAUAAAUUGCCCCGAAUGAUGUUGGUGGCACGUGUUCAAACUCACAUAGCCCCAGUUAGGUAGAACUGGUCAAGCAGGUCUUAAAGGAAUGGGGGUUUACCUCAGUUUACAUAUAAGUUGUAAACAGAGUCCUCAGACAGUGAGGGAGGGCAGACAGGAGACAAGAAAAAUCUGCAUUUUUGCAAACAGAUGUGAGAAGAAACAGCAUGGAGAAACAGUAGCUUUCACUAGUAGACACCAUGUUGCCUCCUUUACUGUUUGAAUAAACUCGGCUUUGAGGGGUAACCUAGAAGAAAAUGCAUCUCAAAGGGGGACUGGACUAUGAGAGUAAGGGGGCAAAAACACCUCUCUUUUUUCAUCUAAGACAACAAAGAGAAGCAGCCGUUGAACUUUGGGAGUAAAUCCUUGCCUGAGAGUUUGGUCAGCAGUGGUACUGGGAACGUGUGGUAAGGGAGUUCACCUUGAACCAAGUCCAACUUGUUAAGUUUAGAAAGCAUUCUAUCUUUAUUUUUCUUGUAACCAUUUCUGACUUUAAUGCUUCAUUACUUGUACUGACUUAAAAUCUGUCUCUUUGUGAGUAAAUAAAUGUGUUUUAUUCUUUAAUCAGAAUUAA